UCUUCUUCUUCUUCUUCUUCUUCUUCUUCCUCGUGGCUAAUCUGCAGUUCAAAAAUCGACCGUGCUUUCUGCUAAUUCGUUGAAGAUGGGGGAAGUCCUUAGCCCUAAUCCGGUGCAAAAGCAUAGGCUACCAAGUAUUCAAUCCCCAACUAGCCCGUUCUUUCUCGGAUCCAACAAUGACCAGCUCUAGCGAGCUCAGCCUUACGCUAAACAGGCCGCCGCCGUCCGUCGCUUGUCCGUCUCCCUCAAUGCUACUCAGCCUCAUCCCUCCGACAAAUCCACCAACCCCUCCUCCUUCUACCUCGUCAAGGAGCAGAUCUUCGAUCUCUUCCACAACUACAUCAAACUCGCCAGCGAAAAUAAAAUCAAUCAGAAGAAUACAUGGGAUUUGAGCUUGAUAGAUCACUUGUACGACAUUAUAAAGGUGGAAGAAGAAGAAGAUUCGGAGACCAAUUUUCAGAAGGCCAGUUGCACCCUGGAAGCUGGAGUGAAAAUCUACUCUAUGAGAGUGGAUUCAGUGCAUUCCGAGGCAUACAGGGUCCUUGGUGGGAUUCAUCAAGUGGGUCAAGAAAAUGAACAAGAUUAGGGUCAAUUGCCAACUGAACUUGGAGAAAUAUUAAGUUGUAAAUUGAAAUUCGCUUAUUCACAUCUCUAUGCCAUAUUGGGAGGAAUCAUUUCUGUGAAGAAUACCUUUCAAGUGAUAUUGUUGCACAAACAUUAAGUUAAGUCGGAACUAUGCAUAGAGUUGUGGUUGAUGCCUCUUUAAGCUUGUUGGUAUAUCUAUUAUCACUGUCAUGACAGAUGCUGUUUCUGGAGAUGGCAGUUCCGAGGUUGGACAAAAGACUGGUCAUGGGAAGAAGGAGACAGAGAAAAAGAUAUCGCCCUUGUCAACGCUGGAAUCAUCUUUCGAGGCUCUUAACGUGAAGAAGUUUGAUGCUGCAUUUGCUGUUGAUCCCAUCUAUCACCAGACAUCUGCGCAGUUUGAUGAAGGUGGAGUUAUGGAUCUUUUACUGAAUAACCUUGGAUUAUACGGUGGAUGUCGAGUGCUAUUCGAUUCAAAAGAAGUACCAGGAAAAUGUGUGUCAUUUGAGAACCAGUGUGGCAGGGAUCAGUUGAUUGACCUUUCCUUUGCUAAAGGGAUGGAGGAUAAUCCCAAUGCAGAAGAAGGGCCACAAGUAACAGCCAAGAAACCAAAUACCAAGAAGCAAGUAGAACCUGGUAUUGUUUUCACAAAAGCCUUGGACGAAGAACUACUGGAUGUAUUUGCUCAUCCAAAAAAUCCCAAGUCACUGCUGCUACCAGCAAACCGGGCACCCUCUAUCACAAAGUUACCUGAGGAUUUCCACUAUCAACCAAAGGAUCUUGUUAAGUUGUUUCUUUUACCCAAUGUCAUGUUUAUUCGAAAGAGAGGGAGAAGUUCCAGAGAAGAGCCAGGGCAGCAGUCUGACGACUAUGAAGCACAUCCAUCAUGGGAUGGUGGUGGUGGUGAAUUUGGUGUUGCUAAAAUUGAAGACAAAUAUGAUAAGAGGUCAAAGCAAGUCGAUGUUCAAAGGUUGAAGGAAACACUUUGGCAUCAUAUACAAGAAUCUUCCCAAUCAUCUCUACAAAUAGCUAUACUAACUCUCUUACUUUAUGCACUUACCUUAGAAGAACCCAUCCAUGAGAUUUAGUAACUAUAACAUUUGCCUCCUAUUAGUUUAUUUUCAUCUCACGACCAUCCACUUCUCAAGUGAGUUAAACUAGUUGCAUGGACAUAGAAAUUUUCGUACUUAAUAUAUGCUUAUUGCAUUUGGCCAACGAGCAUGGGCUGAGCAUCCAUGGCAACACCUCCUUAGACGAUCUCAGCAUCCAUCUCCCCCAACAGAAAUAGAUUAGAGAGUUCCAUAGACCAACAAUGAUCUUUGUUUGUACUGCUUAAAAUAAAUUCAUGUAUGGAAGUUUGGUUUAGGAAAAUGCUUGUGUGGUUGUAAUGUAGUGCUUUCCUAUCAUAGUUUUGGCAAAGCUAGUGUUCAUAAAUUGUUGGUGUAGUUUUAGAGAAAGG